CUCUCCCCUUUCUCCCAUCUCCACCAUCUCCACCAUCUCCAGCAUCGCCAACAUCUCCAACAUCGCCAGCAUCUCAAACACCUCUCCUUUCUCGCUCAUCACUCCCAUCCCUCCCAUCUCUUCCCCAUCGCGCCGUCUGCGGCCCUCCCUUCCCACAAGUGUAGCUUCAUUUGGACCCCUUUUCGGUCCGCUCCCACUGCUCCAAAGUCACUCUCUCCGCCUCAACUUUGGUGCCAUGCCCUCCACCAUGGGCACCGCUGGCACCGCUGGCAUCCAUGGUUCCAAUGGUUCCAAUGGCAGAAAGCGCAACCACAGAAUGCCAGCCAUCCCACCCAACCCAACCAUCCCACAAUCCGCAGGUCCUAAGAGAGCCUGCGACAGCUGCCACAAGCGCAAGAUCAAAUGCGUAACCCAAGGCACAAAACCUCCAUGCAAGAAUUGCGUCAGCGCCAAACUCCAAUGCACCUAUCUCUCCGUCCCGCUGAAGAAAGGCCCAAAGGGCACUCAUGCCAAGGUCCUCAACACGAUACGGGAAGAGCAGGCCCGGCCCAACGUCCUCCCCCCUCUCUCCGUCGACGAACAUGGCCGUCCCGCUCGGAGCCCUCGAGUCUUGCCGCGAGCUAUGAUGGACAGCUGCCUGGCCUUCCUGGACAACGUCCACUAUCUCUACCCCUUUGUGCCCAUGCACGACAUCCGGAGUCUAUCCCAAACGGUCGACACCUCCCUUGACGCCUACUGCACAAUCACGGCCCUGUGCGCCAAUCUCUUGAUUCAGGCACGCAUGCCGCUCGAUCCGAAUCUGAUUGAGAGGCAGGAAUACAGGGCCGCAACCUCGCUGGAGUACGGCGAGUUGCUGCUAGAAGAAUCCAUGCGGAUUCGUCGAGGCCUCGAUGACUGCCUAGUAAAACCGAGCUACUCGACCAUCCUCACUUCCUGGCUCUACUAUGGCUGUCACUACGGACUCAACAAAGAGUCUGACGCUUGGAAAGUGCUUCAGGAGGCCAUUACCCAGGCAUACCUGCUGGGCUUUCAAAAAGACGACACCUUCGAGGCUCCCAUGCCGCCCGGCUGGAUGUCGCGCGUUGUCCCACAGCGCACAUUCUUCUGGUCGUUGUUUAUGCAAGAAAGAGCUCACGGUCUCCGCAGACGUUUUCCCAUACGUCUGGCUCCCUCCAUGCUUCCGCCGGCCUUGGAUAACUGGAUUGACUUGAACGGGCCCGAGCGACGGGCGCAGCUUGUCCUCCUCGAGCUGCACCAACCUUUCCAACCCUUCGAUGAGCACUUGGUCAACUGGUGUAAUAAUGGCAAGACCCCCGAGCGCGAGACCAUCGUGGCUAUGCAGCAGAGGCUCGCCGGGACGAUUCUGUCCGAGCACCCGAUGUGUCCCGAGCCCAUGACAGCCAAUCUGAGGAUCACCCAGCUUUGGCUACACAUCAUGCUCUGGCGGUUGUGUCACGAGCGUGGAUUGGUGCCGAGCGUGACCGAGGAACCCUGCCUGCAGUUCCAGUAUCCGAUCGACGUUUCAAGCAGGGUCUUCUCGGUAGUUAACCACGUUUCACCACGUUCUCUGAAGCUGCUUGGUGCCGAGCUGGUGGCGAAGUUAUUCGACAUUGCCUGCUGUGUAAUAAAGGUCAUAGCCGGCCACCCAGCCUACCGGGAACAUGUCCACGACGUCGCCGACUUCUGCCAGCUCCUCAGCAAUCUUCAGGAGGGCAAUGCAGUAUACCACAGGCGCCUCCAAGCCAAGAUCGACGACCACUGGCCCGGCCUCAUCCAGCACCCACAUCAACCCGAAGUAACCCAUACCAUGCACAACGGCGUCAUCCAAGUCCCCGGUUUCCCCAGCCAAGCCAUCGUCCCCUCCAACGGUGCUCAGGGGUUCUACGAUCCAUACCCAACUGCCACGUCCUCGUACAGCCUCCCAGAGCUACACCAGCAUAUGGGUAUCACGGCUGUGCCCCAGCAGUUCUCCUCCGCCGAGAGUGCCCACCAGGCAUUCGUCGGAGUGCAGCCGACCAUGUACAGCCCGUCGUCGGCCUUCCGCGUAGCCGUAACCGAGGCCGGUAUGCCUGGUGGCGGGUAUGGCCAUUCGUCAUGGAUGUAAUAGGGACUCAAUUUACUGCUCCUUUUCACAUCCGACUGAACAGACAGGGGGUCGCAGGGGUAUAUCUGACGCUGUGAUUGGCGUGACAGCGCC